AUGACUGAGCAGACUUUGAGUUGGCGUUUGAGCUGCGAGAAUACACAAGCUGUAUGCAAGAAGGCGAUUGAUGAAAACACCCUGGAGUGGUAUUGCCCUGUGAUUGUCUCCGUCUCUCUAUUGUUUGGAACCUCAGUGCUAAUAAUCCUCGCUGCAUGCUUAGUCGCUCUGGUUCCCCUUAAGACUCCUCGAUUUAGGUUUCAAGAGCAUGAAGAAGAUGCUCAGGCCGCAUUUCCAAUGGACACACCAAUGACUAUCCUGGUUUCUUACAACAUGCUGGAGGUUUUCACCAAGUUUACCCCCGAAAAAUUUGGCGGAAAGAAGACGACGAUCACCGUGGCGAAGUCCGAACCAACCUCAGGUAUUGAAUUGAUGGUGAAGCAUGACUCAAUUAUUUGA